CUGUCGGUUGUCCAGCAUAGAUCUAUUGUGGGAAAUAUCAAGCAACGACUGGUUUGAAGGCGGACCGCGUGACAUACUGUGUACAUAUUCCGGAUCUUAUCGCAUCUAGCACACUAACUUGACUUUGCGAUAACCAUCACAGGCAAUAACCCUGUAGAAAUACGGUGAAAUGUCCAACUGUCGGUGACAAUUGAGUGCACUUUACAAGCCAACACAAUCUCUCGAUAUAUCACAAGCGUCCAUAGCAUUUCAAUCUGAAUGGCGGACUCCUACCUCCAAGAAGACAACCCGACGGUUACGAUUUUACUCCUAGGAGACUCAGGUUGUGGCAAGUCGACCUUUCUAUCGAGCCUGAAAUCUAACCAUCGCCGACAUCAGGGACAAAGAGGAGACGACGUCCCAUUACGGGAUAGCGACCAGCCAUUUCUCUAUGACAUUCGCUUCUCCAAGAAGUCAUUCACCCUCGAGAUCUUCGAUACCGCCAGCCCCAAUCAGCACUGGUCGACUCUCCGGCCGGAUGUGGUGCUUCUGGCGUUCGAUAUCUCCAAUCGCGAAACCCUGAACGGGUUGAGGGGGUGGCGACACGAUGUGAUCCGGUACUUCCAACACGGCUACGGGGAGCGCAUCCCCAUCAUGGUGGUGGGACUAAAACGAGAUCUCAGAGUCGAGGGAGAGGGGAUCAUCUACCCACAGGAGUCAUACCGCAUCGCCCAGGAACUUCGAUGCGAUCGUUAUGCGGAAUGUUCCGCCGCUACGGGUGAGCUGAUGGCGGAGACCUUUGAGGAUAUCGCGCGGAUGGCGGGGAUGACCUUGACGGCGGCGGGCGGGCAGAGUAAUGGGGGUUGUGUCGUUUGUUGAUUGGUUUCUUUCUUUGUGAUACCCUUCUUUUCGAUAUUUAAUCGUUCAUAGGUGUUUCGGUCGAGCUUCGCUGAAAUCUAAG